UCCUGAGCAAACAGGUCUUGUUGCCCUGUUGCCGCGGUGAGCGGCCCGGUUGUAGCCGGGAUGUGGCUGUUGUUUCCUCUUCCUUAAAAAUCCUCUAUGCGCUUUGGCUGGGCCACGGCUGCCGCCAGCAGCGCUUCCCUCACGGGGACCGCGUUCGGACAGACCUGCUCCGCCGCCAGCUCCGGGAAGAGGUUCUCCACAGAGCUAGAACUCCACGCUCAGGAAUCCAAGAGGGCCUUAUCCAGUAAACCUGGCAUCAGCCUUGGGUGAAGUAAUAGCAAAGUGGAUCUGGGGAUCAGUAGCUAAAGAACAAUACAAAGAAAUUGAUCAGUGUCAUCUACAGAAAAGAUGUCUGGAAAGAAAGGUCGUGAUAAGGAGGGUUGCUUUGCCCUUGAAUCGAUUGAUUUCAAGAAUGCUUUGGAGCAGUUCCAGAAUCUAGUUGAAAAAAUGAUCAUCCAGAAGACCAAGGAGAGUUCAGGCUUGUAUACUAAAGAUGAUGAUGAGAUAAAUUAUGAAAAGUUCUAUAAAACCACACGAACGCUUUUUGGUUCAGCAGUCAAGGAUCAGGAUAUUCAGGCCUUUUUCAGGAAGAUUAUAAGCAACCCUGAUGAAAGGCCAGAAUGGCUUGAGAUUUUUGGCUGUUUUAGCGGAGAAAGCGUUGGCAUGCCUACCCCAUCGAAAGAAAACAUGGUUUUGCUUGUAUCUGAGAAACAGCAGAUUUCUCAUUCAGUUGUCAAGAGAAAAGAUGUGCUCAAGGGUAUAUUGAAGGUGCCCCUUCUGAAUCUCACAGUAACAGCCUCUCAGAAAGGAUUGAUAACUGUGUUUAGCGAAAAGAUGAAGUUUCUGACAAGCAUCAAUAUUGAAGAUACUGCUUGGAUCACUGGAUGUGAUUUCCUGCCUAAUCUGAAAUAUAUCGUGGCUGUAACUGAAAGCACAGUCAUUCUCUGGGACUAUAAAUCAAAAGAGAGCGAGGGUAAUGGCUUUGUCAUCAAACCAAUGAAAAACUGCCUGCUCUGUGUUUCUACGGUGACUAUGGAAGAUAACCUGCCUAGGGAUACUAUCUUACUGGGAGAUGAUAAGGGUUAUGUUUAUCUGCUUACUAUCACCACUGAUGACUUCAUAAUGAAGCAAACUAAAGGUGGAAAAGUAUCACAAUUUAAAGUCAUGGAUGCUGAAUCUUUUGACAUGCCUAGACGCAAGCUGCAUGAUGACUGGGUCGGGAAGGUUAAGUAUUUUCCUGCCCUAAAACGUUUUGGAUCCUGCUCCACAGACGGUAUUAAUUCAUUUGUUUUAGAUGACAUAAAGCGACUAGAGGACCACUUACCUGUAAAGGAAUUUUCUGUCCCGAAAGGAGUAAAUGCCUUCACAUACUGUGGAAAGGCAAAAGUCAUUGUCACUGGAGGUAAUGACAGAAUCCUUCGUUUGUGGAAUCCUGUUGUUAAUUUUAGUCCUACAGGGAAGCUAUUUGGACACAAACAUGGUAUUGUGGAAAUUGUGACAAAUGAGAAAGAUCAACAUGUCAUCAGCCUCUCCUGUGCAAAGGUGUUUAGAGUGUGGGAUAUACAGACUCUUUCACCACUGCAGGUCUUCUAUGAAGCUCACAGAACUCCAGAAGAGAUGAAUUCCUUUCCCAUGGCAUUUGACAAUGACCAUGGCCUGCUUUUCACAGGUUCAGAUGUCGUUGAUAUUUAUCCCCUAGCUAAUGUGACACAAGAUUCAAAAGAGUUGCCUCAGACACAUGAGAAGAGCCUCAAUGCUCUGCUUUACAACAGGACUUUUCACCAGAUUCUCAGCAUUUGCACUGAGUCAAUACUAAAGGUCUGGGACCUAGAAACAGGAUCUCAAAUAUAUCAAAUAGAAGAUGCACAUGGGCUGAAUACUGAGGUGACCUGUGCAGCCAUUGAAAGAAAUGGGGUUUAUCUUGCUACUGGGGCAUGUGAUGGAACAGUGAAAAUCUGGGAGUUUGAAAGCGGACAAGAAGUUAAAGGCUUGCCUUUAACACAAGACAGUGAUGAUGAGCAUCGUGUGCUGAAGAUAGUAUAUCUGAAGGCUGAUGAGGGUCAACAUGCAGUUAUUGUUUUGGAACAGAGAGGGAAGAUAAAAAUCAUUCAGGGUGACUCAGCUCAAAGAGAUCUUUAUGUCACGUGGAUGCUUCCUGAGAUAAUACCAUUUCCACAAAGGAAUCCAGUUGUGUAUCUGUCACUGAAGCCUUCCCUCUUAGAAACACAAUAUUUUUUUCCAGACAUUCGGCUUCUAUGUAACACCAGUUCCAUGAGAAAUGAUAAAGAGACUUUUUUAUCUUCUGUGGAUAUUAAGUGUUUUGAUGUUUUACAAGGGGAAGGAGGCAGAUCAAUAGUUACAGGAAGUGCAAAUGGUGAAAUAAAUUUGUGGGAUUUUGAAUCUGCCUCUGUGACAUGCCUGCGUAUAACUGCUGAAGACAAUGAGGGCUCUGGAGUCAAUGCCAUAUUAUUCCUUGUACGUAGUGUUUCCUCUUCCAGGAAAAGAAUUUCCAUGUCCUCUGCUCAUUCUGUGAGGAGUGAUGCCGGUGCCAUUGCAGAGCACAAGGAAAGUUCUUCAGACCUACAUGAGAAAAAUGUGGAAAGUGAUGAAAUUAAUACUGAAAAAAGUGAUGAAAUUAAUACUGAAAAAAAUGAUGAAAUUAAUACUGAAAAGAGUGAUGAAAUUAAUACUGAAAAAAAUGAUGAAAUUAAUACUGAAAUAAAAACAGAAGAAACAACCACCUGUAAGGACACCCAGGAUCCGGAGGUGAAUGAACAAUUGUUGAAGGCUAAAGCGGGACUAUCCCCUCUAAUGGCUUCUGCUCAUGAAAGUGGCUGUAUCCGCCUGUGGAGUAGUCAGGGAAACUUGAUGAAAGAACUUCUGCCAUUUGCAGGACGUCCCUCAGGUCCUCUGACAGUACUGUGUACAGACUUCUUCACUAAAAUUCUUUUGACAGGCACUAAAGAGGGAUAUAUUUUUCGCUGGAACAUGGCCUCAUUCUUAGAAGAUUCACGAAAUAUAAAAAAUACAAUAAAGGAGGAGCUCUGCUGGAGGGCACAUUCUUCCGAAGUGGUUGACUUAUUUAUUGACGAGGAGAAAAAUGUGGUAGCGACAGCAUCCGUUGAUGGUUCAGUCAGGCUUUGGCAUGCCAAGACUGGAUAUUAUUUUGGUUUCUUUGGACAAGCCAGGAAGUUUGACUUAACAGAUACCAGUCGGUUGAUUUUGCCUUCUGAUGUUAGUGACUUUUCUGCUGUAAUUAAAGAGGAGAUCAAACAUACGGAAAAGAAGAAGAUUGUAUAUCCUCUCAUUCUGGACAAAGACAAGUUGAAGUCACUGACCAGAUCACCUUCAGAUUUAGAAAAGGAUGGAGAUGAGGAAGCAGUUUACAACUAUAAGUUUUUCAGAGCUCUGGCUCCUGAAAAGCAAAAACCUAUGGAAACUAUUGAGUUUGAAAGCAAAGAGGCUGGUGCAGUAUUUGGGUUUCUUCCUAUAUAUGAGCUUGAGACUCCAAUUGAAGUGAGCAUGCCAAACAGUCUUCAUAGGAUCAGAGCUGAGAAGUCCAGUCACAAGGGACGAGAAAAGGAUCUAGAGUCCAUUGAAAACUUGAGUCAAGACAAUAAAUAAAGUUUCAUUUCUUCAUUUAAGUGGAUUAGCAGAUUUCUUUUGUUAUUUUUUCUCUAUUUUUCUUUUCAAUUACAUUUAAAUCUAUUUCAUUAUUAAGUAGAACAUAUAGAAAACAGAUCUUCUAUUCCAGUCCUUCAUGCAAGGAAUAAAGUCUAAUAAAGCCAGUGUAUGACUAUAACUAGAUAUUGAAAAGCCCAUUUGACUUAAUGUAUAUUUGCUGACAGUUACUCUCUAUGUCAAAACCACUGAUUUCCUCUCUGCUUCAAUUUGUCCAUUUUGAACUUCUGGAUAUUGAAUAUUACACUGCUUUUUUUCCUGCCAGAUUAAUUAUAAAGUCAACAAAGAGUUAAUAUGCCCUGCUGUCUCUGCCUGUUCGUUCCUUGCUUAUGCUUUCAAAGAGUGUGUUCACCCCCUAAGCCAGAAAAGUGCCUGCUGAACUCAUAUUCAAUUAAUUAUCCAUCAUGAUUCUGCAAAUCUUCUCUUGCAUUUCAGCAUUCCAGGACAAUGUCACAACAUGACACAGAGCACAGAACACAUUUUCAUCCUUUGGCUAAGCAUACAAAUGGUGCCAAGUGUCUCACCUUAGUGAGAAACAAGGUAAUUGCAUAUGCAUAUAAGUAGUGAUAAUGCAUAUAUCUAGUGAUAUUAUUACCUACUAUUUUGGGGGAAAUAGCAGGUUUUCUAUAAUACUGGUAUUGAAUGAUGUUUAAUCUGCUGGCCUUCUUAAAAAGACAUUCUUCUCAUGAACUGAAUAUACAAUGACUUGCAAUUAUUUACCUGCCUUCAACUUGUUUCAACGCUGUGAUGCAUUGAAGGGUAGCUGCAAAAUAUCUUGUGAGAGUAUAUUUAAAAUCCUUAUGAUCAGCUGUACCAGAUCUGGCAGGGAUUAAUGUAAUUUUCUCCAUAGCAGCCUCUAUGGUGCAGUGUCCUGGAUUAGUAAAUAAAAGUGUUGAUAACACACCAGUGUUUUGGCUAUUGCUGAGCAAUGCCAGCACAAGAAGAAGGUGCUUUUUUUUCCCACACCCAGUGGGUAAGCUGGGAAGGAACACACCUGGGGCAGGUAUGUACCUGUAUAUGUAUGUACCUGUAUAGGUACCACAUAACAUCUUCAUGGAAUGGGGGAGGGAACCAAGGUGUUCAUGGUUAUAGUGUUUGUCAUCCCAAGUUGUCUCCCCAUUAUGUGUGCUGAGGCCCUGUUUCCCAGGAAGUGGCUAAACAAACAUCUGUCUACUGGCGGUAAGCAGUGCUUGAAUUACUUGUUUUGCUUUGCUUGCACAUGCAGCUUUGCAUCACCUAUUAGGCUGUCUUCAUUGUGGCCCAAGAAUUUUCUCACUUCUGCUCUUCCACAUCUCCAUCCCGCUGGGAGAAGUAAGGAAGCAAGUAAGAAACUGCGCAGCCACUCAGUGACUUCCUGGCCCACCACAUUAGCCAACAUUUUGAUCAAAACUAAAAUCAGACUUGUCUGACAAACCAAGUGGCACAAAAUAAAGUGUGAUCUGCCAUUUACUACCUCUGUUCACUUCAUCUGGCCCAUGAUUUAGCAGUUAGCUGUAUGAAAGGUAACAUUCUUGCAAUUCUGAGUCCUGUAUCAUUUUGAAAGCUACAAAAAUCUCUUUCAGUUACCUAAAAAUUGCCCCAUUCUUCAAAGACUAUUAAAAAUGCACAGUUCAGGUUCAAAGAGAUCCUUACCCAUUUAUUUUGAUGCUCAUAUGUGUUAUGUUUUAUCAUACGUAAUGUAAUAUUUCUCUUUGGCAUUGUCCCUAAUAAACACCCUAAAUUAUUUUAUUGUAGUACCAAGAUGGAGAUAUCCCACUUCUCUUCAGUUUAUUAAUUGACUAUUUACUUCCUCAAAACUGACUAUUUACUCAAUAAUUUCUUUUUACCAAACUUUAAACAGUGCUAGGAUUUCAGUAGUUCUUGAUUUUCAAAUUAUACCCUUUUCAGUCUUGCUUCCUUCUCGCUUCAGUUUUCUUUAUUAAUUGCCCAUGUUUUCUAGGAGUUGACUUGCAGUCAUGGCUAUUCAUGCCACUAUAUUCUCCACUGUGCAGAAACUAUCCAUAAUGUAGCACUAUUGCCAGUAAAAAUCAAGUGUUUAAUCCUAUAGUGAGUGAAAUAAUGGAGAAGCUUUCAGAAGGAAAAGGAGAGAAUCAUACUGUAAGGAAAACUGUCCAAAAUACAUGAUGUGUGUGUGCUAUCUUUAUCAGCCUUCCACCCAGUCACUGCCUUAUUGUUAUGCUAUUUAAAGUGUGACAAAGUUAGAGUGCUAUAAGGGCUAUCAGAUCUUUUUUUCAUAAUUCAUUACAUUAAAAAAAACUGGGGUAGAUCAGACUGCACGUCACUGCUCAGCAUUACUGUUUACUUCCAAACCCUAGGGCUUUAUAAGCACCAAAUGGAAACUGGUCCUGGCCCCA